AUGGUUAUGGAGAAUUCAGAACCUGCAUGUGUUGGGGAAUCUACUGCUUCGACCUUUCCUUGCCCAUAUCUUGUUUACUAUUCAAAAAUUGGUGAGAUUCCUCACAAGGAUUGUUUCGGGAAACGGUUUCAAACCCUCAAGUGUAUCACCCGACACAUACAAAGGAUCCACAUCAGACAAGACAGGUGUGAUAAUUGCCAUUUGCGCCUCGGCUAUGAUAUGGGCCGCCAUAAGGGAGGCAAAUAUUGUAAGGGGAAGGAUAGAGAACCGGAAGUGCCACAGAAAGCCAUCAACCUGCUCAAUGACCUUAAAUUGAGCUUAAGACUCAAAAGCUUUCAAGGCAUCAAAGAUGUCUUGUUCAUAGACGGGCAAGUAGUUUACGACUAUCACAAAGAGCCUCUCAGUUCGACUGAAGACGAAGAUCUUGAUGAAGACGCCAUAGAUGCAAGCUUGCCUGAGGCUGUAUGGGUCGACGGCAUUUGGGAGUAA